UCUUGGCGGGAAAAUUAUCUGAGUCUGAUUGGUCAGUGGCUUCUCAUUAGGGUUCAUUCGUGUUAAAAGUUCAAACAAACUUUGCCAAGAACUGAUAAUCCUGACAGUAUUGAGAAAAAACGAAGAAAUGCCUACGUACAAGAUCAGGGGAAUCGACGUAGAUUUCCCGUUUGAAGCCUAUGAUUCCCAGAUUGUUUACAUGGACAAAGUAAUUCAAUCACUUCAGGAGAAAUGUAAUGCACUAUUGGAGAGUCCCACAGGAACUGGGAAAACACUAUGUCUUCUCUGUGCUACCUUAGCAUGGCGGAAAAGUUUGGGUAGUUUCACAACUGGUGUGAGCUUGCAGACUGGUGACAAGUCAGAGGAUAAAAAUGAGAUUUCACUGUCACAAUCUGAGUUGUCAGGAUUUUCUACAAUUGUAUAUGCUUCACGCACUCACAGCCAGAUCCGUCAAGUAAUUCAAGAAUUGAAAAGAACUUCUUACAGGCCUAAGAUGGUAGUCCUGGGAUCUCGGGAGCAACUUUGCAUUCAUGAUGAAGUGAAGUUACUUCAGGGUAAAACACAAUCAAAUGCUUGCCGAGUACUCUGUCGAAGGCGUGGGAAGCGCCACUGUAGCCAUUUUCAACAAGUUACUGAUUACUUGAAGAACAAUCCCCAUCUUGGAGAAGAACCUGUAGAUAUUGAGGAUUUGGUCAAUAUUGGUAGAAGAUUUGGGCCGUGUCCUUAUUAUUUAUCAAAGGAGCUCCACAAGGUUGUUGAUAUAGUAUUUGCUCCAUACAACUAUCUUAUAGAUCGUGGGUAUAGAAAAUCUUUGCAAGUUUCAUGGAGCAAUAGUAUACUCAUAUUUGAUGAAGCUCACAACCUGGAAGGCAUAUGUGCUGAUGCAGCUUCCUUUGACUUGCCUUCUUGGCUUCUAACUGCUUGCAUUUCUGAGUCAGAAAAAUGUAUUGACCUUUCAAUAGAAAGAAGAGAUAAAUCAAAUGAUAAAUCACAAAAUCCAGAUGAUUUUGCUAUCCUUAGAGCACUUCUUCUAAAACUUGAAAAGCGUAUUGCUGAGGUGCCUAUUGAAUCUAAGGAGUUGGGGUACACCAAACCUGGGCCUUAUAUUUAUGAAAUGCUGGCUGAUCUUAACAUCACACACAAAACUGCUUCUAAGCUUGUCAAUAUAAUCGCAGUAGCUUCAACCCUUCUUGAAGAACACAAUCAGCAGAAAUCAACUGGCACGGUCUGCAGGUUGGAUAGAAUCAGUGAAAUUCUUGAAAUUGUGUUCAGGGAUGGAAGAACAGCCCAUGCUAAAUAUUAUCGUGUUCAUGUGCGGGAGGUUGAGGCUAGGGGUGGCAAUGGCUCUAAAGGCAAGGUGUUAAGGACACUCAGCUGGUGGUGCUUUAAUCCAGGAAUAGCCAUGGAAGACUUUUCUAGAUAUGGGGUUAGAUCUAUUAUAUUGACUUCGGGCACAUUAUCCCCUAUGGAAUCUUUUGCCAAGGAACUGAAAUUAGACUUCCCCAUUCGGCUGGAAAAUCCACAUGUAAUAACCCCAAAUCAGAUAUGGGCUGGAGUUGUGUCAGUCGGUCCUUCAGGGCGUACUUUUAACUCCUCUUACCGCACUCGUGAUUCAAUAGAGUACAGGCAGGAGCUUGGAAAUGCAAUAGUAAAUUUGGCUCGAAUUGUUCCUGAUGGACUUCUUGUAUUCUUCCCAUCUUAUUACCUUUUGGAUCAAUGCACAGGCUGCUGGAAAAGUGUGAGUAAUGAAAAUUCAACAUCAAUAUGGGACAGAAUUUGCAAACACAAGAAACCUGUUAUAGAACCUAGGGACUCUUCAGCGUUUCCCAUGUCAAUUAAGGACUACAUGACUAAGUUGAAUGACACCUCUGUCUCUGGAGCAGUUUUUUUUGCUGUUUGUCGUGGGAAGGUAAGUGAAGGAUUAGAUUUUGCUGAUCAUGCUGGAAGAGCUGUGGUAAUUACUGGUUUGCCAUUUGCCACAAGCAAUGAUCCUAAGGUUCGACUAAAACGUGAAUACUUAGAUCAACAAUCUCGGCCACAGGGAGAACUGCUCAAGAUUUUAACCGGAGAUGAGUGGUAUAACCAACAAGCCUCCCGGGCUGUGAAUCAAGCUGUUGGACGUGUAAUUCGCCAUCGCUAUGACUACGGUGCAAUUAUUUUCUGUGACGAAAGGUUUUCACAACCACAUCGCCAGUCCCAAGUCUCGCGUUGGAUACAGCCUCACAUUAAGUGUUUCUCAAGAUUUGGAGAAGUCGUUUUCACUCUUAGUCGAUUUUUCCGGGAUGUAGGAACUCAGGGUCCUACUAAGGUGUCAUUAUUAGAAGCUGAAAGUGAGGGAAAUCUGGGGAAAGUACCAUCAUCAGAGCUGCAGAUGGACAAAUUUUACAUGGAAAAACUUUUGUCACCUCCGACUGCACCGAUGGUUCAAAAUUUCUCUUUGAAAGCUUCAUCAUUGCUUGAUACUAAAAAAGGCUGUAUAUCACACCUGGGGGAAAUAGUGCCUGCCAAUCGCUCAUCUCUUUCUUCUGAAAAUGGCAAGACUGUACACUGUGAAAGCUCAAGAGAUAUAAGUGGCAAGGUUUUGCUUGGAGGGAAGACUCUUCUAUCACAAAAACGUGAUAUGGUUGAUUUGACUGACUGUUGUCAACUGGGUGAAAAAUCAAAGGAUACACCAAUACCACCUUGUUCUGCCAAGAAGCGGAGAUUCGUGACAGGAGAGUAUGACUUAAAGCAAUAUUUUGGAAAUUCUAAUGAGCAUUCAUCGUCUGGUAGUCAAAAUGCUCAACGAGGUGUAGAUCUGCAACAUAAAGACGGUGUGGCCUCCAACAGUCUUGAGUUGAUCAGACAAAAGAGCAUUCUGCCUGCUGAUUCUGCGCCUUCUGUUGGUGAUGAAACCCAAGGAUCAGCAUUUCUUGCUCAGGUUCGAGAUAAGCUUAGUGCUGCAGAAUAUAUAGACUUUGUGGGUUAUAUGAAAGCACUCAAGACCAAAGCAAUGAAAAUUAGCGAAGUAUUACAGUGUAUUUCUAGAAUGUUCUCUGGACCUGAAAGGCUACCUCUCCUUAAAAGGUUCAAGGAUUACAUCCCAGCAAAAUAUCAUUCAUUGUAUGAGCACUACGUAGAAGAAAAAAGUUAACCAUGUCAAGAUUACUUGAAGGUGCCUGCUUGCGACUGUCAUAUGAUAAUUCUUCAGCUAAAACCAGGAGUAUUGACUUCAAAAAGAUCAUUCUUUUGGCGCAUGUGUACUUUGUGGCAUUGAAUUUGACAUAAACAUGUUGGAAUGAGCAUUCUUGAUAUUUGAUGUUGGCCUGGGUGGAUUAGCAGAUGAAUAUUUGGGAAUCAGUUCAUCAAAAGAACGGUCAAUGGAUUAUUUACAAGGACCUCUAGGGAACCAGGCUCCUUGGAAUGGGUCCUCAGGUUACCCGUCUAUUAUAAUAUAUCUAACUUUAAUCAAAUACUUUAGAUAAAUAGUGUUUCUCUUGGCAACCGAUUUUGAUGAUGCAUCUUUUGGAUGUUCUGCACCCUGAAGAAAUACAUAGCUUUUUUUAUUUAUUUAUUUUUAUCAUUAUUA